GCACAACCAACUCUUGUAUUCCCGUUUAAUGAGAAAUUACAUUUUUUUUUUUGUUGCAUUUAUACAUUUUUUAACUUGGCUGCACGCAGCGAUACAUAUUCAGUAUUCAAAUUUAUCAUUCAAUUUAAAUUGCAACUCUAGAUGGUAUCGAUGGUUUAAACAUUUUUCAUCUAGGUGGUAAAAGGUGAGAUUUUUGCGGGCGUUGACAUAACGGCGGGAGUGGCGACGAGGAAACCCGACGACGCCUCUCACUCGCAUCGGUCGCGUUCGCGGGGAGGAAGACGAAGAGAUGGUAGAUACCGCCGGGAGCGACGCGACGGACCUUGGAGGUUAGGGGACGCGUAAGUAGAUUUCCUCGCGUAAAACGAUCAGGGCAAGAUGGCGUACUCGUCUGUCGAAUACCCAGCAUGCCCCGCGCGAUUGAUUUGCGCAUGUCAGUUGCUUGCAUUGCAAAUGGCGGCACCUUGUUAUUGUUCAUGGCGUUUUAUGACUUGUCUCUUUAUAUUAGCGAUUAUGUCGAGUUUUUUCGCGAUCCCUGCCGCGCGCUGUGUGCCGUGAGUGAAGUAGGGCCCGCGCGGUGUGUUUUAGGUUAAGACCAGUGCCCGGGCGGUGUGCCUCCGUGCUGUGCGGACGCGUGAAAUCCCGGACAGUGUCGGAAAGAAAUGGGUAUACAAGAUUAGUAGUACUGGUGUGAUUUGGGGCUGUCGGUGUACAACUGACACACGACAUCUCGUCAUCACACAUAUUGGAGCAAUACCCCGAGGCGUUUCUACACUCUCUGGGUAGUUAUGUGAUUUGUGAUUGUCAUGGCGGCAGAUAGUGAUGGUGAUCUGAUUGAGACGGUGGUAACCUGUGAGGGUGACCUUGGAGAUCCAGAGUUUCCUCGAAAGUUUGAAAUCAUUGUUGACCAUCUCAAUACUUUGCUUUGCAAAGAAAAGGGAGAUGGCCUGAGGGUAAAUAAAAUAGAACCAUGGAAUUCUGUCAGAGUAACUUUUUCGAUACCCAGAGAAGCUGCUCUGCGGCUCCGAGAGUUAGCAGCUCAGGGUUCUCCAACACUUACACAACUUGGUAUACUUUCAGUACAAGUCGAAGGCGAUCAGGUAAUAUCUUUAAGGAUAGCCAGUCGCUUCGGUGGAGACGCACAAGAAAUUGUGCUACAUUCUGGAAGUAUGCAAGAUGGCGGAGCAAAAUCACAAGGAGAUGCUACCAAUAAUACUGUUGCCUCUGACAGUAAUCCUUCAACGCCUUUGCCUGGGCCCAGUAAUGCCACCAGCAUUUCAUCGACACUACAUAAUGUUGCUCAGAUAAUAGCAGCUGGAACAUCGUCAGAAAAAGCUCCUCAGUUUCGUUCUCCGAAUGUAGUUGCACCCACAGACUGUGAUCCUAUUCCACCGUUUCUCGCGAAAUCGGCACAGUCUACGUCGGCGGGCAAUGCUGGCGUUUCCGGAAAUCAGCAAGUGAUUAAUCCCAGUGUAUCGCCCAGGAACAACUACAAUGGUCCUUUCCCAUUUGCCAGUAUGACGCAUGCUGCUCAAGCGAUACACAGUCGCGAAUCGCAAUCCACAACCAUGAAAAAUACGAUGCAGUUCAAGCACCACGCGCAACCACCACCUCCGUAUCCAUCACAAGAGAAUUUGGUGACAGUCGCUGCAACCGGUCACACGACAACGCAGCCGGUCGCUACCGUUGGACAAUUAACGAAUCAAUACAAAUCCACGACGAUUGCUACAUCUAGUCUGUCACCAAACAACAACGGUACCAAUUUAGCAGGGAGUUCAAACGGCAGUGGAAAUCAGGUCGCUUUGUCCAGCCCGUUGCUCGUGAAUCUUUUACAGAACGACGCUGGCACGCACGCAAACAACGUUAUGCCUGGUCAGAAGAUGUUACCGCCAGCUAUUGUCGACAAUCCUGGACUUACCAAUCGCAUAAAGUCCACCAAGAAACCUACGGUAAGAAGGAAAGAUCUUUCGUCGCCUAGCGAAUCGCCACCAGCGAAUUUGGAUACCUUGAGAAGUGAAGAUUUGAUCGGAGGAACGACGACGACUACGACACCGCCGGUUAUUUCGGACCUUUCUCAGACUUCUACAUCGUCGGCGUUUGCGACUGUCAACGUUAAUCAGCCAUCGACGCUUCCGCCACAACAUACUGCAGUGAUCGGUGCAGGAACUGGGCAAAAUAUGAUGCCGCCGCAAGCGGUACAUCAAAUACCAGCUGGUGGGCCGAUGCAGCAGAAACAGCAGCAGCAAGCGACAAUUUUACACAAUCAAGUACAAAACCAGCAAAAGUUUCCCAUUAGGCACGAUUUGGCUCAUAGAACUUCGCAGGUCCAAUUGCAGAAUCAACUUUCCGCCAGGCAUCCGGUGAAUGGACAGCAGAUAAGAACGCAAUUGCAACAACGGCAGUUGCUAAUUCAACAACAGCAACAACAGCUCCUUACACAACAGUCGCAACAAUUAAAUCAACAACAAAUUGUUUCGCAAGUUCCGGCGGCACAGUCGACUUUGCUCCAGCAACAAAAUACGAACGCUGCAUCGUUGCAAACUGCAUCUCUCAUCAAUCAAUCAAUGUUGCAGCAACAACAAGUUCAUCAACAAUUGGUGCAAUAUUCCACGGUAGGCUUAAAUGUCCCGCAACAACGGCUAGGUUACUUAAACAGUCAACGUCAACAAACUCCGCCGCCUUAUCCGAGGCAACCGCUACCACAACAAACGCAUUUAAGUCAACAGAAUCAGGCUCUCAAUGUACAACAGCAGCUGCAUCACAAUCAGGUGAAGAAUAUCAACGCGGAUACAAGUGCGACUACUGAUUUUCGUUAUGGGCAGAGUCAGAAUAUCCUUAGUAGAAAUUAUCAGUCUCCUGCAACAAGCAAUGCUAAUGGGACCACGUGGAACGCACAAAGCAAUUCUAUUCCACAAGGUGCUCAAGUCAACACCACACGUCUGUCAGUCUCGAAUCAGGUUUCAGGUGCCUUUCCUCAAUGUGGCUCUCGUAUAAAUAAUUCUACUACUAGCAUUGCUUCGUCUGUCAACAAGACGGAGACUUCCGAGUCUCCGAAACCGGAAGAGGAAACCCCGGAACCAGAACCGGAACCGGAAUAUACCUCUACCGGAAAAAUACGACAGUUUCUGAUUAAUCCUCUGACAGGACACUUAGAGCCAAUGCCCAGUGAAAGUUCAGAUUCAGAGCCAGAGAGUGCAGUGGAUAAUCAAGAUGAUUUCUUCUCCUUUCCAUCUCCGUCGAACGACAGAUCAAAUUCGAUAUUCUCCGAUGACGAUGCGGACAGCAAUUUCUCAAGAAGAAACGAAACGACGAACACGGAUCAGUCCGAUUCGGAGACAACGGUGAAGUCCACGGCUAGCGAAGGAAGCUUGAAACACAGUAGAAUAAAAUCGAGCAGAGAGACUGCGCAUAGCCCAAUGCCAGGAGAGAAAAUCAAACUGCGAUUAAAACUGGAAAAAUCGGAGCCGGUUACACCAGCUUAUAAGGUGGAUGUUUCCUUCGUAAAUACGCCGCCUAUGCGCAAAGCCGACAAAUCCGUGAAUAAAAUGUUCGCCGGUGGUGUCCCGAAUACGACUGGUGACGAACCGCUGCGAGUGCCUCCGUUACACAUUUCUUUAAGAGGACGUAACGCUUCAGUAGUACAAAGAGAAAAAGUUAAGAAGUCUCUGAAGGAGAGUGAGGGUGAUGCAAUUAAGAGAAGAAGUAAACUGAAGAAGAUUAAGGAGGAGUGCAUCGAUGGGAACAAGCUGCUACAGAAGAAAUCAUUGAGCAUGAUUAUCGGCGCCUCGUCUGCAUCGAAAUUACCUUUGUCUACUUCCACGGUAAACAAUGCCAUUUGUAAAGUCGGCAAUAACAUGUUACAAGCCACUGCAGCCAAAUCCAAUGCCUUAAAACAAGAAUCGAUGGACGCUGUACGAUUACAAACUGGUAUCACUACAAAGCCGAGUUCGAGUAAAAAUAGCGAUAUGGACGAUAUACCGCUGAAUAGUAGAAUACCGUCUCCUUCAAAGCAUAAAUCUGCGAUCGCGAAUCAACCUUUAAAUACUCCACAAGCUUUAACGAAGACUCAAGUGGAUCUCGAUGCACAGAAUCACAUGCAGGAACAUAAAAUAGGAGGAGGUAAAACAAAGAGAAGGGAUUCUAAGAAGAAAUCAGAAUCUGGAGAUGGUUUACAUCGGGAACAAAAUCUGUUGUCGGGAGGUCGAAUUUUAGAUAAUCAAGCGAAAUGGAGGAAACUCGGUUACAAAGGCGAUAUAACUCCAGUAAGGAAACCGGAUUCACUUAUAACCGGAGGUGACUUUAGUACAAUCAAGAAGGUUGGCGAAGUGCGAAGAACGAGCGAUAGCGACAUCAGUAAAUCAUCCAUUGAGAAGAAUAAUUCAUUGAGCAGUGUUGCUCCAAAAAUCACAGAGCUUAAUGGCGUGAAGAAAGACUUACUAACUCAAGACAAGAGAAGGCGAUUAAGUUUGAUGGAUGAAAAAGAUCUGCAUUUAGGAGAAUCUCCAAAUACAGAAGUCACACAUUUUAAUAGUCAGAAGGCAGCUUCUGAAAGUUCUGCAAAUACGGCACCGAAUAUAAAAGCAAACGCCAGUCUGUCCUUCGAGAGUGAUUCUGGAUUAAAAUCGACAAAUUUAUCGUCAGUGCAACAAGGCGACAUGAGAAAUCCACCAAGCAACCCCGAGACUAAGGUACCGGUGCACAUGGAAACCAUGACGAAAAAUUCUCAACCACCUGUGGCCAGGGUGCUCUCUGUUAAGAGUAAAUCUGACAUGGAGAAUUAUAUCGCCACUGUUAAGAGUCAGAACAUGGGUCAGAAGCUGAAGAAUCAUAUAAUCACCAAGAGCGAGGCAAACUCUAUCAUAAACAGGCAUAGCAAGACAGUCGAGCAGUUGAGCUUCAGUCAAAAGAAGACGAUUCAGAACCACAUUAAGCAGGUCGACAAACCGACAACGAUGGAAAGCAAGAUAGACAACGCGUCGCAGAGAAUCAGUCUGCUGAAGACCACACCAGGCUCAGUGAUCAGCAACUCGGUAGAAGUUCCCAGGUCGCAGAGUAUCGGCGACGUACCAGCGACGAAUAAGCCAACCUUGCCGAUCGGCGAGAUAAACGUAACCGAGGCGAAGGUCAAGCAAAAGUUGCUCGAGAAUACGACGGUGCCGUCGAUUGGCGUUGUUGAUGCGAACAUUGAGAGAGUCGGUAGCGGCGGCGGCGGCGAGGACUCUGGCAUUGAGUCGAUGGACGCUCUUUCGGAAAAGUCGCCGAACCAGGGGGAGUCUCCUCUGCAUAGGCCAGCGUCGGCGACCGAAUCGGUGACGCAAAGCGGCACCAAGAACAUAAUACAGGGGGAACCAUCCUCCCUAUCAACCACCAAUAAGAACGUGCCUUCCUCAACUAGUAGUAGUGAUAUGUGUUCAAAUUCCCAUUCGGAACUUCUCAAGUCCAGUGGCCCACAAAGGUUAAGUCCUGUGUCCGUAACGAGUUAUUUUGAGAAUCAGUUGAAUCGCAAUAUAUCAAACUCCAGUGAACACGACGCGAAAAAUGUGUCUAGCGACAAAUUGUCGUCGUCGUCAUCGUCGUCGACAGUUUCGAGAACUGUUAGUGGUGGUGGACAUAGUAGUGAUAUGGUUGCUAGUUUAGAUAUGGCGAAUAAUGACAAAAAUAUGCCCAGUCCUCUGGUGACGGGCACGGUGACUGUUGCGACAACAGCGUCUAUAACCAGCAGUAUGUCUAGUGAUAAUAACUUAUUGCAAUGUGCACAUCAGCAAGCAGCGAAGGAAUUUUCUGAUAAGGACAGUUCUAGCGUUAAAUUAGAGAGUACUGUUAACCAAAAUGAUCAGGGUAAGGCAAGCUCGAAGCACGAAGAGAGCUCGAGAACUGUGGAGAGCGUAUCCAACAUGGAAGACAGCACGAAAUCGGUUGUAGAAAGUAACAGUGCAAUUAGACUAAGCGACGAACCUCACGGACAGAAUAAUAAUAAUAUUAAUAAUAAUAAUAAUAAUAAUGGUGUGCCUAUAAUACAAAAUCACGUUGCUUAUAAUAAAGUUGAAACUGCGAAGCUCGAUAGUGCGAUCGCGAAUGAUGCGAAUAACGCGGCGACAGAUAAUUCUUGCUCGAAUGGCGAAAAUUGCAAUUCCGAAAUCAAAGUAGAAUCUAAAAUUAACGUAAAGGUGGACGACACCAGGCAGACCGAUCGGUUCGAGGUCUCAAAAAACAUUAACGUUUCGGUGAACGCGACGUCGGUUAAACUGGAAACGUGCACCGAACAGAACCAGAAAUAUAAUGUACAAAGCCACCAGCAGCAAGUCAUGCUCAAAGAGCCUUCUGUAAAUCUUCAAAAGGUCACGGACGAUUUGGUUAAGAAGAUGGUUAACGACACGAGUGAACUGAACGCGGGUAUCCAGUCACCGCUCGGCGAGGAUCCGCAGCCCAUCAGGAUCACUCCGCCCUUGUACACAUACUCCAAUCCCGUGGUACUGCAACGGGACGAGACACCGAGUCCGGCGGCGCAAAAUCCCGAGGUGGACUCCAGCGACGUGGAGCAUCUCAAGCGUAAACGUAGACGGAAGCAGGAGCUCGAGGGCCGGCAGGACGUCAUAUGUAUAGAGGACAACGAUGAGGGACCACACUUUGUCGAGAGACUUAACUCCAAUAGUUCAGAGGAGUAUGUGAAGAGGCACCCGAAAUCUUUGCUGGAGCAACUGCUGAUUGAUAUCCCAAAUGACAACAAUGAAAAGAGAUCUCUGAGAACCCGAUCGCAGAAGUUGAACAGUCCAGAUAUCGCCAACAAGACUCCAAAGAGUAGCCCUCACGGUCCUAACAAGUUAGAAGAGCGCCGUAGUAUAUCGCCCUACGCAAAAGCAAGUCCGAAACUGACAGUAUCGAAACUGUCUCCUAACGCGACAAUAAAAAUAGGGAAACGGAAAAGGCAAGAGAGCGAGAGUUCCGUUGCGUCGAGCACAGCUGACGAUCCGCAGCCGAGACCAGGUAAACGGAAAUGCUCAGAGAAUGCUGCAGAACUUAUUAAAGCUUGCAUGGGUGUAGAAGAGACUGGUUCUAUAAAGAAACAAGUACCUGGCAAGGAAGAGCAAUCAAAGAAGGGGUUCAACAUAUUGGCAAAGGCUAAGAAAGGUCCCAUUGUGGUAGAAGUAGAUUCGUCUGAUGACGAACCAUUGAUUGAGUCUGUAGGAAAAGCAAGAGUACGAUUAUCAGAUGAAACAUCCGCUGCUUCCCCAAAACCCAAAGAUCAAAAUAAUAGAGUGCAAAGAGAGAGCCGUUUGUUAACCACCAAGCAACCGAGUGUGGCGACCGUGACGACGACGUUGACGACGACAGCGACGGUGACAAUAACUGCGACGACGAUAACGACGAUAACGACGACGCCAACGGUGACGACGACGAUGACAACAAUCACGACUACGACUGCUACUACCACUACUACCACUACUACUACUGCUACUAUGGCGGCGGCGACGGUGGCGGCAGUGGCAACGGCAGCGGCGGCAGUUACCGUUGGCAAGGAGAGAUUACGGGGUACUUCCGUAUCCAGCAACGAGUCCGUGGGCGAAGUAACGACGAGAAGGUCUGUACGGCAGAAUACAGCUUCACCUUUAGCUAAACCAGCGAGCAACACUAGAGGCGCGUCCAAAUCCUCGGACGACGUUAACAGAAGGAAAACUCGUAGUGGUGCUGCGGGAAAACAUUGUUUUAGUAACGGCGGAGACGGCGGAGCAAGCGAAACGGAGGCGAAUAUCCCGAGAAAACAAAUGACCUUCGGGAAGUGACCUUGACAGUGAUUAGCUACCGCUCGUCAAGGCCUAUCUGUCUGAUUGUAAAUCCAACACAAACGGGUAUUUAAUUGCCGUGUGGCUGGAUCCCACCUGGUGAAACUGUAUGCGUCACACUAUAGCGCACAACGUUGCUGUAUAUGUAUCGGGAGUAUCGUAUUAAAAAGAAGUGCUAGACGGUGUGAAAGCAUCUCUUGUGCUGUAAAACAUUUUGUCGUUCGAUAUUAAGUUAGUCACGCAUAAAAGAACAGCAUCUAUUCCGUUUCUGUGUUUUUUUUUUCAUGUGUCUUUCUUUUAUCUUGUUUCUUUUUUCUAGAGCAUAAAUAAGAAUUAUAUUGUUACAAGUUUUGAAAGUUUUUGUAUGAAUGAAUCAUCCUUUUAAUGAAUCAUUCCUUAUUAAUUGUUACAUCCUUGAGGGGGGAACCUCGUGUAAACGGCCUGUUUUUCAAGAAUUUUUUUUAAUGCGUUGAUUGAUUUAAAAUUUAAGGUACAAUUUAUGGAUAUUACAAUAUAAAAAUUAUAUUUUUUUUACUUCAAUUUUUAAUAAUAACGGUGCAAUGGUGGCUUGAAAAUGGUGUCUGCAAAAUGCGCCGUGCAGCGUACAGAUCACAAAAAUAAUCUGAAACAGAAAAUGUAAAAUAAAUUCUUUAGUUUAUGUAAAAACCGUCAGCAUCACAUUUUUAUUUUAUUAAAAAUUGCAAAUUUGCAAAAAUAGUGAAAUUUUGAAGAAAAAAAGAUUUUGUUUUUUUAAACAAUUGUUAAUAACAACAGUUGUUUUAAAUUAGAAAAUUAAAAAUCGGAGCACGUUAUGCUGAGACCAAUUACCUAUAAAAUAUACCAAUUUCAUAAAGAUUUAAAGAUUAGUUUUUGAGCUACGUUGCACGGCGUGCGAAAUUUUGCAUUUCGAGAAAAACACGUUUAAAGUUUGAGUAACAAAAAUCGUGAAAAAAAUCGUAAUUCAUUUUAACUUACUACAAUUUUUUGCUAAUCUGCGAUUCCAGGGCCAUAAAGUAGAUCUUCUUGUUCCUCGAACAUUAAAUUAACAUUAAAUUUAUUACAAAGGAACCGAAGGCUAAGUGCCCGACGAGCCCUCGUUUACCUGAUCCCUAGUCUGCAAUGAAGAUUUAAACUUUAAUAAGAAACUGACUAAUCACAGUCGAUUUUUAUAAAUACACUUAAUUGUGAUUGUCGAGUGCUGGCAAUUUCUUACGACUUAAAGCUUAAUUCUUUAUUGUAGACAAGGCUGAGUGCUCCGCCUAAUGCGAUUUUAUUUUUAAAAAAAUAAGGUACAAGGAGGUCUCUGAUUACUUUCUAAUUUUUCCUAUCGUAUUCUAGAGAAAAUUUCCUAUCACUUUAAGCAAAAUUUGAAAAUGCUAAACAUUUCAUUUUACUUGAAGUUCCCCCCUUAAAUGUUUAAGAACAGUAUGUAUGUGAAAAACAAGCUAGAAGCAACCUGUUUUAAUUAUCUUUUCACCGUCUAGCGUUCUCAUUCAUGCUGUACUCCUAUGAGCAGCAAAGUUUAGUUACUCAGAUAUGACUUGCUCAAUGCAUCACAUUAUGAUCUAAGUAACUGAACUAACUCCAAAACUGCCGAGAUAUUGUAUGUAACUUUCUUUUACCAUUCAAAUGUUUCAUUCUAUCGACAAAUACUAAAAUUUCAUUCUUCGAUGUGCAAUUUUCUAACGUCGUUAUUAGAUGUAGGAGAGGGGAAAAACUAGCUUUAUAGAGAUUUAAGAAAAUUUAAGGAAAACCCAAAUUAAAUAUUUAUGUUUCGGGAAUCAUCUUCUCUCAUAUAAUUCCUUUCGUUCAUUGUAUCAGUACAAAAUAAUAAACGGUAAAAAAAGUCCAAAUUUUUAAGGCAUUAAAAAAUGCAAAUCCGAUUUUUACUGCCGUAAGUAAAAUACAUAUUUUCCGUGGAUAAAUUUAUUGACUGGUGGAGCUUAGAUUGCUAUUCUCUGACGACUUUGCUGAUAGACUCUGUUUAGACGAUGUCUGUUUUUGUGUAUACAUAUUUAUUUAUUGUGUGUCAUCUCUAUUUGUUAUAAAAAGUUUUCUGUAUAUACAUGUAAGUAAAGAAUGCACAUAUAUACAUAUAUACAUAUAAAAUAAUGAUAUAUGAAUUUUUCACACAAAUUAGUUUUCUGCCAUAUGCUGUAAGCUCCACGCCAAGACACAAAGCAGUAACGCUUUCGUACUUAUCUAUGCGAAAGAUGAAAAUGUUUUUGAGAUGUUUGUCUGAUACUUGGACAAUUAUCACAAUUAUAUCUUAAAUACUGGGAAUAAUAAAUUAACAUAUUGGUAUAUAAGGAUAAUAACAAACGCGAAAGAGCCAUUUUUCACAUUUGUAAUUAUAUUCCAGAGAUGAAUGUAUGUUUUAAUCAUAACAAUGUAGCGAUUAAGUUCGUAUUUAAAUUAUUAUAGUAUUUUUUGUUUUUCAGACUUAUCAAACAUAGUCUUUCAGUACGAGGUUCGUCUUGAGUUAUAAUAUUGCAGAGGCCGGGAUAUAGGAAUUUUGAAAAAAAGAUUUAUUUUAUUUAUGAAACGAUAAAUACAGUGAACGUUGGAAGACACGCGUGUAUAUGUGAAGAUGAUAAGAAUAAUUAUUAUAAGAACUAAUUAAUACAAAAAAAUGUUAAUUUGAUAUAGGUAAUAUAUGAAUGAAUAUAUUUUGUAAAUAAUUUCUUGUAAAGACAAAAAGCACUACCCGUUGUAUAUAUAGGAACUGUUUAAAUUUUUAUUAAACUAGUAAUAAUUAAACUCGUGCAAGAAGUCGUAAUUGUCAUUAUUAAUUAAUUCUCUCGCAUUCAUGUAAUUGAUAUAUUAACUCUUAUACAAAUUUAAAACUACAUUGAAUUAUAUAUGUGCAUACGUAUAUACAAAUGUAAAUCUAUGUAUGUGAUUUAUAUCGAUUAUUGUUUUUGUGAACAGAUAAUCUAGUUUUAUAUUGUAUAAAUAUAACUUACAGUUGAGAAUCUUUAAAGUUCUAGCUAAGCCUGUAGUAGUCAUCAUGUAGCACUGUUCAAAUUUUUCAUAAGAAUGUGCAUUUCUUAUCCGUUCCGAUAAUAGACAUCCUUCUUUUCGCACGACAAAUCAAAUUUAGGAUAUCAUUUAGCAAAUAAUAUAUAUCAUGAAUAAUUUAUUAAUUAUAUAUACAUAUACAUCAAUAACUCGUUAUUGAUAAUAAUUUAUCUUAACUACAAAUACCCUUUAAUUUUCAAGUGUUUCAUGUGUGUUACACGCUCUGUAGACAACUUUCUGUGUCACGUCAUUAUCAAUAAAUAUGUUCUAUUUAGGGUAUUUGUCUAUGAUUGUAAUUAUGAAUUAUACUAAUGUGUAUAUGUCGUUAAAAAUGGUUAAAGUGAUUUAAUAUGAUUAUUAAAGUAAUAAUCUUGUUUCUGAGUAUAGAUAAUUUUGCAUAAAUCUUCGAUUUCUUGUCACAGAUCAAGUAAACAUUUAUUACACGAUAAAAAAAAGAUUGUCGUAACAAUAUUGUUACAAACAUAGAAUGUACAAAAUAUGAUAAGCUCAGUGCUCAAUUACGUAGUGUGCAUAAAAAAAAAUUUUCAAUAUUUUUUUCCCAAAGGCUUGAUGGCUACCAGGCGACCACUUCUUUAAUGAAAAUGCUUUUUUCCCCGCUAAGAUUAAGUAUUGAAUUUAAUAAUAUUUAAAAUAGGAACGAAUUUCACCGAUCUAUGCCCAAAACAAUUAAGAGAGACCGAGACUGCUUCUUGGAUUGUAGCUUCGUUGAAAUUAUUCCUAUUUUCAAUAUCAAUUUAAAUUAUUCAGUUAAAAUAUUGCUUGUUUAUUAGAAUUUAUUUCUAUUGUAGAGACAAGAAACACACACAUACACACACACUGGAUCAUGUAUAUAAUAGCAUGCUUAUUUUAUUUGAAUGGAAAUCUACACAACCUGAUUGUACAUAAAAAAAUAUGAAGAGAUGGG